AUGAAGAUUAAACAAAUCAAGCCAGAAGACCGUAAAAAACGGUCGGCUAUGAAAGAGAAUGAUCCGGCUCGAGCGUGGAAUUUAAAUUGGACAACUCCUUGGUGUGAAGAAGAAGAAGAAAUAGUUAUAAUUUGGAAUUCAGAAGAUAUAAGAAUCGCUCAACAACCUUCAUUAACUUCAUAUUCUUCAUUUACUUCUUGGUCACCUACAUUAAGUAGUAGUGGUGGUGGUGAUGCUAAAACUGAUUCAAGUUUUGCUACUAGUGACGAACAACAAGAAGUUAAAAUGAUGCAAGCAGCUAAAGCAAAAUCUGUUGAAGUUGUUAAUGAUUGGUGGAAUCGAAAUGAGAAAGCUAUGAAUCAAGAGAAGAAUAAUGUCGUCGUCGGAAUUAUUGAUAGCGAUCAACCACAAAUAUCACAAAAAAUUAAAAUUCAACCUUUACAACCAUCAUCAUCAAAAUUUAAUAAAGAAUUGAAAUCAUCUAAAAUAAUCGACAAAGGAUCUAAAGAAAUUCCGGUCCUUGAAUUGAUUGUGGAUGAAAAUAAUAUUGAUAUAGUCAAUAAUAAUGUUUAUAAUGUUUUAUUUUCAAGAUUACAAGACAAAACUUUAGAAAAGAAAAAACAAAAAUUAAUAGUUAUAGAAGAAUUCGAUAGCUUGAUUAAUAAAAAUGGUAAUAAGGAAAUUCAAAAUACAACGAAAACUGAUACUAUAAUAAAUAUUCCUACCACUAAACAACAAAAAAUCUCGAGAUUUCAAGAAGAACUUGAAAGUAUUGAUUGGGGAAAAUGGAGAGAAAUGGAAAAAAAGAAUGAGUUAUUAAUUCAAUUAAAUACUCCUCCUCUUCCUCUUUCGUCAUCAUCCAAUAACAAAGAUUAUUUUAAUAAAGAUGUUGGUAGUGAAAUAUCCAACAAAAACUUGGAAUCAGAAUCGAUAAAAUUAAUUAAUGACCAAAAAGAAAAACCUCUUCUUCUCAUAAAUCUCAUCAAUUUAGAUGAGGAUGAUAUCAUUUAUUCAACAAAAUUAUCUUCUCCGUUAAUAACAUCAAUCAAUAAUUCUUCAAAUAAUUAUAUCAAAAAUGAUUUGAAGGAAAUAAUGAGCCAAGAAAAACAAGUAAAACGAGAUAAUCAGGAAAACUAUGAAACACAAGACAAGCCCAUUGCAAGACAUGAACAUUAUUUGGCCAGUUAUUUGAAUGUAAAACCGGGUAUGCAAGUAUUAGAUAUUGGUUGUGGAGUUGGUGGACCUGCACGUGAAAUUGCACAUUUUACUGGUGCCCAUAUUACGGGUCUCAAUAAUAACGAUUAUCAAAUUUCUCGCGCUAUUAAAUCUAGUGUUAAAUGUGGACUUGGAAAUGAUACUUCAUUUGUUAAGGGUAAUUUCUUGGAAAUACCUUUUAAAGAAAAUACUUAUGAUGCAAUUUAUGCUAUUGAAGCUACUUGUCAUUCUCCAAAAUUAUCAAGUGUUUACGCUGAAGCAUUUCGGGUAUUGAAACCAGGAGGAAAAUUUGCUUUUUAUGAAUGGUGUUUAACUGAUAAAUAUGAUUCUACUAAUUCUGAACAUAGAAGAAUUGUUCGUGGAAUUGAGUAUGCGGAUGGUAUUCCUGAACUUUUCAGUACAAAAGUUGCCGAACAAGCAUUAAAAGAUGUUGGAUUUGAAGUAGAAGUGACCAGUGAUUUGGCUGAUAAUAAUGAUUGUGUUCCAUGGUAUUAUCCUCUUGAAGGUAAUCUUAGCAAUGCACAAACGUUUUGGGAUUAUUUUACCGUAUUUCGUAUGACCGGAUUUGGAAAGUUUUGUACUCGUUCUUUGGUCUGGUCACUUGAAACAUUUGGAAUUAUACCACCUGGUUCUCUUCAAACUCAAUAUGUCUUGGAGACAGCUGGCGAUUGUCUUGUAGAAGGAGGAAGAUUAGGAUUAUUUACUCCAAUGUUUUUGAUGUCGAUUACCACAGAAUUUGUCUUUGCGGAUCUUGUUCAUUGA